UGUUUUGGUUUCGACGGAGGUAAGCGCACGCUGUAUUUGUGACAAUCAUCGUUUUUCCGAAGACAAAGCAUCGUUGACAGUCGCCCGAAUUAUAACAGACUGAGUGAGUAACGUCGUACCGCGUCACUGUGAGUCUAAUUACUGAUUGUCAGGUCACGUUGAUCAAUGAGAAAUGAUGGAGAUGAAAAUUGCAAUUUAAUAAUCCACAGAAUAGUGUGUAUUAUGGCAAAAUUACAGACACUGACAAAGCUUUAUUUGAGGACGCUCAAUUCGCAAUGGAUCGUGGAUAUGCGGACAUUCUCGACUUCAGUGCUUUCAUCUCUGAACCAGAACCACCGUCGUCCUGCGGAUACUGAUGAUGUUGACAGUUUUCGCUGCGUAGAAACUCAUUCGGAAACCGAAGACGUCUGCCUGAAUCCCGCGAGAUACGCAGCAAGCCGCAUUACAAUCCCGGUAACGCCACGAAAAAACAGAUCUAACCAGGAGAUUGCUCCUCUGAAUGGUCGCCACAGCAAUGAUGCGAAUGCUGCUAAGAAGGGCAGUUUUAUUAGACGUAGAAGUGACGAGGACGUGACCCGGGUGAUCCGGAGUUAUUCCAAAAAGCAAACACGGGUGGAUAAAAUAUCAAAUAUUAUAAAAGAGAAUGAAAUGGUUGCCCAUAAUAUUGAUGAAAAUGACUGCAGUAAUGAUAUUCUUUAUAAUACGAGAAGCGAUGAUUUGUUGAAAUCUGAUAAAGACACAAAAACACCAUGGAAACCCCAGAAGUUGAAAGGUAAACAGAAAUGGUCCAACAAACACAAAUCAAAUGGGAUUAUGAACGGCUGGAAGCCGAGGCCUGGCAAUGAUUUAUUAUUUGGACUGUCACCCUCUAUCAUCGCUUUGACACAAGAUAGAAGAUCCAUCUUUAAAGUUUUCAUCCAAGAUGGACUAAUGAAGACAAAACGUGGAGGAAUUUUGAAACUUCUAGAGCUCUGUGAGGAAAAAAAUAUUGAAAUAUCGGCAGUUAAAAAAUCUGAUUUGAAUUACAUAAGUGGAGAAAGACCACAUCAGGGCGUGUGUAUGGAGGUGAGCAGAUUAAACUUCGAACAAUUUCCAGAAAGUGAAGACAUAGGUAGUGAAGGUGAUGAAAAACAAGUAUGGCUGGUAUUGGAUGAAGUCAAGGACCCCAUGAAUUUUGGUGCCAUUCUUAGAUCUUCGUAUUUUCUUGGUGUCGAUAAAAUAAUUACUGGAAAGAAAAACUGUUGCCCAUUAACACCAAUAGUUAGUAAAGCUAGUGCGGGUGCCAUGGAAACCAUGCCAGUUUAUGCUGUUCCAAGUUUGAGUGAUUUUCUUAAGAAUCUUGGUAGCCAUGGAUGGGAAAUCAUUGGCACAGCGAAUAGACGUAGUGUAACGGACGCCAUGCCGGUCGUUGACUGCGACCAAUAUUGUAUUUCUACUCCCUCAGUGCUUGUUCUAGGAAAUGAAGGAUAUGGACUUACUGAUGCUGUCAUGGAAACCUGCACCAAGAUGGUGACUAUACCUCCUGGCAGAGCGUUGAAUCAGUACAUUGAAUCGUUGAAUGUUUCGGUUGUCACAGGAAUUCUCUUGUACUCGUUACUUGCUAAAAAGGUGUAA